UUAAUGACACAACAGUUCGCAUUUAUUUGUUUUAUAUAUUUACACAAGACUUAUUACACAGGUGCACGUGUGUCAAACGGAAAUCAAUUUAAUUAAUACUUCCGUCAAUGUGGCAGGUUUAAAAAUAUCUUGCUUAUGAAUAGUAGAUUUUUAUGAGUUGGUAAAUGUCGUAUCGCCAUUAGUCUACGGUAUGCCGUUAUUCUGAACGAUUAAAGAAACAGUUAGAUAAAUUAUUCUUUCUUUUAUUCUUAUUUGAUUGGCUUAAGAAGAGUCUACGAACGAAUGCUGUACAAUAAAUCGUUUUUUAAGAGAAAAAAGUAUAUCGUGCCAAUCAUUGUAAAAUUGUGCAAUUUUUCUUUUCUCUGUUUUUUUCCUUUUGUUUGCUUUUAUUCUCAUUUCUGUAAUGGGGUACCUUAAAACAUUAGGUACUGUUUUCGUUUAUAUUUCACUUUUAUUAGCUAUAAUUACGUUUUUACCCGGACUUCCACCAGAUGCUACAUUUUCUGAAUACAGUAUAAAACCAUCUACUAAACUAAGUGGAAAAUUAGAUAUUAAUAAUCGUUUAAAUGGAGCUGAAUUAUUGCACAUUGGAGAGUUUAAAGGUCCAGAAACCUUUGAUUCUUAUAAUGGAGAAUUGUAUACUGGCUUGGAAGGUGGCUACGUUGUUAAAAUUAAUGAAAAAAAAGUGGAACCUUUUGUAGCACUUGGAGGAGUGUGCAAUCAAAUCUUAAAGUAUCACGAGUGUGGUAAAAUAUUGGGCUUAAAGUUUGAUAAAAAAGGCAAUUUGUACGUUAUUGAUACUUAUAAGGGUAUUUUUAAAGUUGAUCCUGAAGGAUAUUAUCAGCUAAUUAUAGACAUAUCUAAGCCAAUAAAUAAUAAAGUUCCAAAACUACCUAAUAGUUUAGAUAUAGCAGAAAAUGGUGAUGUAUUUUGGACAGAUUCUAGCACAGAUUUCCACUUGUACGAUGGUCUAUUUUCUACAUUUGUCAAUCCAUCUGGAAGACUUAUUCGAUAUAAUGCAGCUACGAAGACCAAUGAAGUAUUAAUUGAAAAUCUGGCGUUUGCAAAUGGAGUUAAAUUAAGUAAAGAUGAAAGUUUUUUACUGGUAGUAGAAACACUAUCUUCGCGUAUUAUUAAGUACUAUUUGAAAGGACCUAAAGCAGGACAACAUGAAAUAUUGCACGAAGGUCUUCCUGGUAUGCCAGAUAACAUACAAGAAGAUAAUAAUGGUGGCUUCCUAAUUAGUCUAUAUACUUAUGUAGAUGAGGAAAAUCCUAAUUUAAUACAAACAUUAAUACCGCAUUCAAAUAUAAGAAAAAUGAUAGUAAGACUUUUAAUGUUGAUAGAAUCUCCGUUUAAAUUAAUACAGGAUGCUUAUCCAAAUUUUUUUGCGGAAAGAAUAGUUCAUGCAAUUGGUUCUUUUGAAACAAUGAAUUUCAUGAUGUCAGAAAUAUCGGUAGUAUUGAAUUUGGAUGCGACAGGAAAACUUGUUGAUGUUGCAUAUGCGACGGACGGAAAGAUAAAAACUACAAGCUCUGCUUUUAUUCACAAAGGAUAUCUAUGGUUUGGAUCACCGCAUAACGAAUUUGUAGCUCGGGUACCCUUAAAACAAGCCUUUCCUCAUUUAGCACAAAUGGAAAAAUUAGUACAUCGUUCAAAUCAACAAGAUACGAAGGAAAUUCCAAAAGCACAUAGUACUACGGUUAAACCACCAAGAACUGUAGAAACUCCUACAGUUAAAACAUCGACGACAACAGCUAAACCUGUAACCAAAACUGCUGAAAAUAUGGAAACUAGAAAAAGUCCUAAAACUUCUACUAAGCAGGAAAAAGUGACUACUUCCAAACCAAGUACAAUGACAGCAGCACCAACUACCACUGUCAAACCAAGUACAACGACAGCAGCACCUACUACCACCGUUAAACCAAGUACAACGACAGCAACACCAACUACCACUGUCAAACCAAGUACAACAGCAGCACCAACUACCACCGUCAAACCAAGUACAACGACAGCAACACCAACUACCACUGUCAAACCAAGAACAAAUUCAGUACCAACUACUACUACUCCUACUACUGUCAAACCAAGUACUGCAUCUCAGACAACUCCAACUCCAAAAGUAACCACAACGACAACCACAACUAAACCUGUUGUAAAACAAAAUGUUGAAACAGCUACAAAAUCAGAAACAGUGAAACCAGUUGCAACGAAACCAAAUAUUCCAGUAGACUCCUCGAAACAAAAUGUAAAAGUUAACAAAGUAACUUCUGAUGUUAAGUCUGAAAAUGUAAAAGAAACAAAAUCAGAAGUAAACAAACAAACAGUUAAAAAUACUCAAUCUGGAGCUCAAAAACAAGUGCAAACACCAGAACUUCGUAGUAAUGAAUCUCCUAAAAUAAUAAAUAAUAAUAAUAAUAAUAAUAAUAAUAAUAAUAAUAACAUUCCAAAAUAG